GAUGACGAAUUGAUGACGUAGAGUUACACCGCUAAGAGAUAUCGCACCACCCUUAGUACCGAUGCUUCUGCUUCAGUUUCUCGUUAAAGUCCUCCGCGUAACUGUAUACUGCGACAGUGGGAACGACGAACCACACCGCGGCGUCCACCGCGUCUUUCGCCUUCUUCGUUAUCAUGCUUCCGAAGUCAUUGAACAAGCCGCCGAGCACACCCUACGGUUUCAAGAAGAGCGAAAUGAAAACGGCGUCAGCGACUUCUUCGCGUUGAUGAUUGAUGGUAGUACUAGAGCACGUUUCGUGGAUCAGAGUCCGCCGCGCGAGCCCUAUUUUUGUGGUCUCCACACACACGCGAUCGAAAGGUCGCGACGCGAUCGGGGGCGGGAAAACGCGACACCUCGCGCGGGAGUUCGUUCGACGGUUGCAUCCGAACGUCAAGAACGCCGAAAAGGCUUGAUCGCGCGCGCGCGGGAGCGCGCGAACGCCUGAUCGGCGGUCGCUUCCCCCGACGCCCGUGGAUUUGGCCGUUCGAAGAAAGCGGCGGGGAUGAGUGGAAAUUCGGCGACGCGCGCGCACCGUUCUCAUCGGCGAGACCGUGUACACCACCUCCGAGAGCUUGACCGCAGCCUUGCCCAUCUUUCACGACGCGUUCGUCUUCUACACGCGACACGCGGCGC